AACAUCUCGUGACCCGCUGGAAGGUUUGAAAAGGACAGGCAAAGUCAUUUUGCGGGAGAGUGCAUUAGAACGAAGGGAAUUCAGACAAUAUAAGACUAAAACAUCGCACAAUGGACGCAUCAAAAACUGAAGUAUUGUCCUCUGAAUCCAGAGCAAUUCCUUCCAGACGAAUUGUCGUCAACGACCCAGGUCAGCUACCGAUGGAUUAUUCCACUACUCCUGGUGGAACCAUAUUCUCUACGACUCCCGGCGGGACACGUAUAAUAUAUGAGCGCAAGUUUCUGCUGGAAUUGCGCAAUUCUCCUUUGUCACGUACGCCUCCACAGAAUCUGCCAAUGAUACCAGGUGUAACUUGUGAUGCAAAGUUGAAGCCAGGGGUUCGCAAAGACAACGGUGUACAUGGCUCUGAAAGAGAGAAUGAUAAGAAUGAUCAUGGAGAUGUACCCACCCAGUUUGAGAUGGACAUUUAAUGGCUAGCUGCAAUUGUUAUUUUAGGGACUGUUGUCUGAUAGAUUAUGCAGAUGCACAUUGUCUAAGAUCAAGUGUUGUCAUUGAGUGGGUGUAAAUAUUGUGAUGUGAAGUGUGGAGCAAAUGAAUGGUGUUGAUAAGAGAAUCAGUUGUAAUCAAAACUUGGAACUGGUUGUUUCUUGUCAACCAAAAAAAAAAUGUCUGAAAAAGAAGACUGACUUUUGUCAUCUGAUAUUGUACAUACAAAUUUGCUUUCUCUCAAAUCUGUCAGAGCAAAUGUCCAAAUAAAGUGCUUGAACCCAAAAC